CGUGCGUGUAGUUAGAGGUUAGAGCAGUUAGAGGAUAGCGCGUGUAUGUUGGUUGACAGCUAAGUGGCUUUGUUAAGGAGACUACCACCUCGUCUUUCGGUCCCCGCGCUUUGGUUGUAUCGACAGCGAGCUUCGUUGACCCAUCCAACGCGAUUCUGAGAAAAACCCGUUCAGGUGGACAUUCGAGAACUCCGCUGUCACUUCGUGUUCGGAGAAAAACAAGGGUACACGCGUCUUGACACGUGUUGAGCAGUCGAGCCAGCGCGCGCCUUAGCAGUGACCAUUCAACGUAAAACGUCCAGCGCCUGCAUCGACUACCAUGGCCGAGACCAUAAUGUUUGCUCAGAAGGUGGUUGAAAUGCCAGCGCGUACGCCAAACAAGCCGCCUGUCAGGCGUGCCAGCAUUGAGACAAUCGUUGAAAACUUGGAGCAAGCCAAGAUUUGUAAACAGGAAGGCAACGCUCUCUACAAUGAUGGACAGAUAAAGCCAGCCAUCCGAAAGUACCACCAGGGCCUGCUGCACCUCAAGGCCUGUCAGGCCCGAUACGACAUGCCUCAAUUGGGUCCAGGUGGCCCGGGACUGGACAAAGAGACUCAGGAUGAGGUGGACAAGGUGCAAGCUGAAUGCUACAACAAUCUCGCUGCAUGCCUGCUGAAACAGCCAAAGUGCGACUACGACCGGGUUGUGCAGUACUGCAACAGUGCUUUGCGUCUUCAGCCCAACAACGUCAAGGCGGUGUUUCGCAAGGCCGUAGCACACUACAACAUGGGCAACUACAGAGUUGCGCGGCUCUACCUGAACGACGCCGUGAGGAUGCGCAAGGGACCGGAUGCCAUGAUGAAAAAGUACCUCCGGCUCUGCACAGAAGCUGAAUCUUCCAACGAGAAGUGAUGCACUGGGCCCGUUAAAUUAAAACUAGUGCGUGUACAGAAAGCCAUGCUCGCCAAGUUUUGCCGAUCUCACUGAUGGCUUGUCCUUGGGCUACUUGGCGGCCCACUGUUCAACGUUGGAGGAGAUGUCUGCGACCAGACACAUCUCCACCUGCUCAUUAUAUAAAGUUUACUGUUGUUGUUAUUUACUCUGUAUACACCAAUAAAUACUUUUUUCAC